AUGGCUAACUCGGACCAGCUGCGCAAGAAGCGUGGUGCCAUAAGGGCUGGCGUCACGAGAGCGCUCACGCUUUUAACGGACCUGCUGCAGCAACCGGAUCCCGACGCCUCUCAGAUUAGCGGCCACAUGGAUUACCUCAAGGACAGGGAGAAAGCACUGUCGCAGCUCGACGGCGUCAUCCUUGCGACCACAGACGAACAGAACCUCGACCAGGAAGUAGGAACGGCGCAGGAAUACAACGAGAACAUUCUGUACGCAGUAUCACGCGCCAAGUUCUGGCUUCAAGAACGUGAGAGGAAUGCCGGAACUCAGGCUCGAGCAACUGAACCCGGGCCUAGCUACCUCGGAUCUCCGAACUCCGGCGACGCAGCAGGCCAGGUGAGAGAGCACCGUCAGCGUUCAGUUCAACUACCGAAGCUACAGAUACCGACUUUCGAUGGUAGUCUGCGUGGAUGGCAGUCUUUUUGGGACCAUUUCGACGCCACCAUCCACAAGAACGCUGAGCUACCGCGGAUUGAAAAGUUCAAGUACCUCCUCACCUACUUAACCGGCAGCGCGAAGCGGGCUAUCGAAGGCAUCCGCUUAGCCGAACAAAACUAUGACCUUGCGAUCAAGACGCUCACGGACCGCUUCGGACGCAGGGAUCUGCUCGUGAACGAUCAUAUCGAUCAUCUUCUCGCGCUAAGCCCAGUGAAAUGCUCAUCAGAGGUCCCGAAGCUUCGUCUGCUGCACGACAAUGUCCAAUUUCACGUCAGCGCCUUAGAAGGGCUUGGAGUUUCGCCAGACCAGUACACCGUGGUGUUAAACCGUGUCCUGAUGCGAUGUCUGCCAGAGGAUCUCGCCAUCAUGUACAGGCAGAAAACCAAGGAAACAAAUUGCGCACCCAGUAUCGCCGAAACUCCUGAAGACAGAACGCGGCUAGCCAAGGAGAUGCUAACCUUCCUCCGCAUCCAAGUGGAAAUCCGGGAGGAAGGCCGGCAGCUGUCGCGUCGUGCGCUGCAAGACGAACCCAGGACCCACAUGCCUGAAGAAAUUUAUGGCGCGGAACCUAUACCAUCAGCGUCAGCUCUAACCGGGUCCGCCUUGCCUGUCAGACCAGCGUGUCCGCUAUGCCAAAGCAAGGAUCAUACGAUCGCUUUCUGUAACGCUGACCUAUCGGCUGAGGAGAAGCGUGCAAGGCUGCAGUACGCUAAUUGCUGCUUCCGCUGCGGAACGCGCAAUCACAUCGCCAGAUUGUGCAGAAAAUCCAUCAACAUCAGGUGUGGUACCUGCCAUCGACGCCACCUGACGAUUCUCUGUGAAUUAUCGAGGCCAGCCGAAGACCUUCCAUCAAGCGGUGGAUCCCCGUCAUUUCAUGAACCACCGCCCCAACCAAUGCGAAACGUCACAACCGCCCAGAGUAGUCACGUCGAAUCUACGCCUGUAUUAUUGCAGACAGGCCGAGUUUGGGCAGAGUCUGGAGACCGACGACUACUCGUGCGGAUAUUGCUGGACAGCGGCAGUCAGCGCACAUACAUUCGUGCAGACGUGGCAAAGAUACUUAAGUGCUCGGUCGUGGGUAAUGAAGAGCUCUCCAUCGUCACAUUUGGUGGCUCCAAGUCACGAAGACGAAUUUCCGCAGAGCGUGUCAAUGUGCGACUCCGCAGCCAGUUCGGCGCCUCACCAGUAACUCUGGAAGCAUUAACGAUUCCUGAAAUGUGUUCUGUAACAAGCCCACCGCUCGACCCCAACAUUUUGCACCUGCUCGGCGAACGGGAGUACAACGUGGCCGACAGCUUUCAACCAACCACAUGGCAACCAGAAGAAAUAAGUGUCCUCAUCGGGUCCGACGCCUAUUGGCAAGUUACCACUGGGAAAAUUGAUCGCAUCAACGAGAGGCUAACAGCGAUCGACACCACCUUUGGAUGGAUGGUGCAAGGCCCUGUUAAGUCCGACAAGCACUUCCCAUCAAGUGCACUAUUUAUCUCGAGCAGCGAUUCUUCUGCAGCGGACUUCGAUAUACCUUCGAUGCGGUGUCUUGAUGUCAUCGGGAUAGAUAAAGCGCAUUCACGAACCUUAGAGGGCAGCCACCACCUGUUUGGAUCGGAGCUAGGCAUGUCCAAGCGCAACAAGAAUCAUCCAGUUGACAACGCCGUCACCAGCGGCAGGAAGGUGGAAGAGGAACCAGGGAACUGCCAAGUACUUCCCAACAAGAACUGCGAGAUUGGCAUGGACACGAACGUCGUCCACGUUUACGAGAGAAAUGAGAAUGCGGUUGCUGAGAAGGCCAUGAACUCCUCAUACGUCAGCCUGCCGCAGUUAAUCAACGACCUCAACAACAUAGGCCUCAUGAUCACGGACAGACCACUUAAAUCGUCCCGCUACCACUGGCUCAGUUGGAAGAACAUUAGACCACGAAGACGUCUAGAGAGCAAGUUCGACGAGCUCCAGCAAUUGAACCCGUCCCAAUUCCCACUGGGAAGUCGACACAUCUCGUUGAGGUUGCGAUACAUCGAAACAAUUCCGGGACUCGUGCAGAAGAUCAAGUAG